CUUAGAUAAAUUAUUAAAUUAUUGAAAGUAUUGGCGUCUCGGUAUUUACCGGUUUGUAUACAAGAUAAUGAUCCUCCCGCUUCUUCCGGUCGGAGCCGAAAGCUGUCCUCCGUUGUUUACAUUGUUAGCUAACGGGCGAAAGAAAAUGCUAGCUAACAGCUUUUCUAAAAUGACUGCUUACAGUUGAUAAGGUUUAUGUAUUUAUAACCGUCUGCAUCAGUAUUUAUAUCUGUUGUUGGGCCAUGGUUUCAGCUCGCUGCUGGUGCUGUCUCUGGGUAACUUUACCGCUCGUCCUGCUGCGGUGGCCGGGGCUGCUGGUCGCCGCGGAGCAGGUCGCUCUGGUGGAGGUUUUCCUGGAGCAGCGGCCCGGCGUCAGCGCUCUGCUCCAGGGGGAGGUGGUGGAGUCCGGCAGGGGCAGCAGGAGCUCCGAGCACCGGGACGAAGAGCUGGAGGGAGAGCUGGUCCUGGUCCAGAAUGAGGAGAAGCAGGUGAGCGCAGGAAAAGGUGAGGACGACACCAAAGAGCAGGAGCCGUGGAUAGGAGUGGUGCCUGUGGAGAUGGAUGAGAGCAAAGCCUCCACCGGAAACCAGGAGUCCUUUACUGAUGCUAUGGUCAAUAAGAUGAAGCGAGCAUUGGUCCUUGGAGCAUCUGCACUGAUCAUUCUAGCUCUCAACCAAAACACUGUCAGUGAGAUGGAUCUGUCUCAGGUGCUGUCCAAGCCCAUUAUUGUGAUCCAGACGUCUGAAAAUGUCACCAAGCUGAUCGGAGCUCUGCUCAGGGGUCUUCAAGCGACAGCAAAAAUCACAUACAAGACGAUCCUGCAGGACAACCUGGGAGCCACGCUCACGCUGUGGUCCAGCUGUGGUCGAUCGAGAGGAGGUCGCUACGGAGAGUGGCAGGGGGUCAUCUGCACGGGAGAGACCAACUCUCAGGUCCAGAAGUACCUGCAGCAGCUGUGGGACACUGUCCUCCUGGUGGCUCUGAUCCUCAGCACCGGAGUCAUCGUUCAGGCUCGCUGGCAGUACCAGGACCACCAGCUGAACGACGACUUGGAGCUCUUUCCGAAACAGGAUGUCCUGAAGAGAAUGUCGUCCCUGAAGACCAAAAGGUAUCGUCAGCCCAAACCGUGGUGUGACCCGUCCCAGCCGGCGGAGACGGACAACUGUGCAGUCUGUCUGGAGCCAUUCAACAACAACCAGUGUCUACGUGUGCUGCCGUGUCUCCAUGAGUACCACAGAGAUUGUGUCGACCCCUGGCUGCUGCUGCAUCACACCUGUCCUCUGUGCAAACGCAGCAUCCUCGGCAGCGUCUGCAGAGACAGUUAACGGCUGCCUCGCCUCCCCCCCGCCGCAGCUCUGAGAAUCGAGUCUCGUCUCUUCCUCAGUGACACUCCAGCAGUUUUUUUUUUUUUUUUUAUUCUGACCUCGCCGCUUCCUUCUUCCAGCAAUGGAUUGUGGGAGCAAAUAUAAACUCAUCACAGCAGCUGGCCGGCCGCCUGGACUGUGGAGGGGUCAGAUUUUGACAUCUGACCUUCGGGUGGGUGCAGCAAGUCUCACAGACAUACAGUGUCAGUGUAAAAACCAAUACUAUGAAGUACUGCACAGGUACUGUUGAGUGUAAACAGUACGUCUUCCCGGGAUCAUGUUACCAAUUGUGGAAAUAUUUGUGUAAUCUAUAGCAGUGAAGAUGUGACUCAUGAGGGUGUUUGUGCUCAAUGUGACGUCUCACACCUCGGCUCUGUGUUUCUGCAAACAAAGGAGCAACAAGACAUUCUGCUUUAAAUCAGUAAACACUGAUAACCUGAGCGAUAACACGGGAGUCAGUUGUUUCUGUGUGAAAACUCAAUGCUCCUCUAGGGGUUUAAGCAGUGGCCAGUGUAAACGUUCACUUUAGGUCCAGAUGAUGUCAAUAACUAACUUUGUCUGAUUUUUAGCUCUUGUCCAAACUCAUACUUUGGUAUUAAAGGUUAGUUGUUGAUGCUACAGGUAGUAGCAGAUGUGGAAAAAGUGGUUUGCACUUGUCCUUAACAUGCCUUAUGACUGAACUGCAGAGUGAAAGAAACCACAAACGCACCUCCUGAAUUCUCCUUAAGUCGUGUAUGUUACAGUAGAUCAUUGAGUUGCAUUUAUACAGUUUAAAACCAUUAGUAAUAGGGCUGUUAAACAGGUAGUAAACAUUUUGCAGUUUGUGGCCAGAGCUUAGUUGGACUUUCACCCUUCUUUGCUUAUACUUAUCUGCUUCCUUCCUUUUUAGAAGGUCUGUGUGAAGAAGUCAAAAACAGUCCUGCUCUAAUGGUCAAACAGAUGAGAACUGUCCCAUCAGAAGGUCAUCUCAUUCAUCAUGAGAUAAACCUGUCCUCAUGCUUUCUUACCUCUGAUGUACGGCUGCAAUGGCUCUAUGCGAAGGUAACAAAGGCCGCCUACCAGCACCUCUAAAACGUAUUAUCUCGUUUAUUUAAUCCAUACAAAUAUCAAAGUGUAAAAAUGACAAGUUGUGGUUUUAAGGUGGAUAUGUGCAGCAGGACUAUCGGAUGGCCGAGAGCAGCAACUCCCUGGAGUCUCUGAUUAUAGGCAACCUCACCUCAAAAGUGCAGAAAGUUAGUGCUCCUGGCCAUCAGAUAUCCACCUUAAAACCACAACUGAUCUUCUACACUUUUGAUUAAACUGAGAUUUAAUGUGUUAAUUAGAGGUGGUGGUAGGCAGAUUUUGUUUUAAAGCAAAUUAGCAUGCUUCUUUAAAUGAACUAUUCCUUUUGAUAUAACUUCAAACAAAAUCUAACUGUUUACAUACAGUAAAAGUCUACAAUAGUGUGAAAUUGGACAUUUUCUAUCAAAUGUUCCAGCAGUUUACUUGCCAAAUAACUGAUCAUAAUUUCAGCGUAUGCCACUAUGCAGCUGUAUUUUUGAAGCUCUAAUGAAGUCUCAAACACAUUGUACUGUAUACAUUGUGAAAGGAAAAAGCAUUUUGUCAAUGACUCAAAACUUGAAGGAUGUUACAAACAUAGUAUUGUUGUAUUUAUUUAAUGUUGUUUUUUUUGCAAUGUCAACUCCAAAAACCAAUUACAUGUGCUUUUUUUUUGUUACAAAAUGCUCUAAUAGAUCUGUUCUCUUCGUGGAAAAUAGUCUGUGCAUGGCAACAUGUCGGAGGUUUCUCCACAGCUAGUCAGAGACGCGAGGCGCCUCUGUAUAGCACGUGCUUCCAAACACGACAGCGUGAUUAUGAGUGGAUUUCUUUUCAAGACUUCGCUUGUUAUAUUUUGUUUUACAAAGGCUGGACAACAGUGGUGCGAACUGGGUGGAUGACAUCACAUGCAUGCACUUGAACGUUGCAUGCAGGCGGCUUUCACACAACCUACUCAUACAGGAUGAGUAGUAAGAGCAACGCAGUCUGCCACUGAUGUCCAGACGUGAUCACCGGGUCAGUUAAUUGUUCUUCCAGCUACAGAAGGAACCACAACUUCUCCCAAACUCUGGAUGUUGCUUCCUUUUAUUCCUAUGUUCUCUUUUUGAUGAUGAUGAUGAUGUCAAAGAAACUUAAUUCGAUCACUCUGGAUUGUAAUAAUAAAGGAUGUGUUACUUGG